CGUGGACAACCUUAAUUGAAAUAGCUAGCUGUAUACAUAAUAAACUUUUACCUUAAAGUGAAAGUCAAGUCCGUAAUGUAAACAAACGGUUUGUUUACAUUUUGACUUGCUGUAUUUUUUAACUAUGAUGUACUGUCUGAAUAUCUAAUACCAUUUUAGUACGCUAUGUUCUAAAUGAAUAUGAAAUAGAGUUUAUGUUCAAAAAAUUCGAAACAUUCGAAAUUUGGGCAAUGUUCACAUUAGAGUCCUCACAUUGUUAUGAGCAGAACCGAUGCGCAGAACGGACUUGACUUCCACUUUAACAUUCAUAAAUCAUGUUAUUCUCAGCUGUAAACAUAAAACGAAACAUGUUCACUAUCAAAGUUUCCGUCAUCAAAGUCAACAAUGACUUUUAUCAAAGAUUUUAAUCACGAAAACUUCGAUAGUGUAUUAAGUUCAGAAAAUAACUCUAUUUUCGGCAAAUUGUCCGUUCGGCAAAAUGUCUUUUCGGCGAAAAGUCCGUUCGGCAAAAUGUGCGUUCGACAGAAUGUCUGUCGGCAAAAUGUCCGUUUUUGUCCGUUCGGCAAAAUGUCUUUUGGCAAAGUGUCCUUCAACAAGAUGUCCGGCCACCGUAGUUCAGAUCAUAGCUACUACAAAACUCAAGCCCAUAGAUUUGCGGCUGGUUAGUUCCGUAUUCCAAGUCACUUUUGGAAAAAGUUCCUCAUUCCGAGGAGGAAUUAAUAAUCAGGAAUUUCAAAAUGAUAAUCCCCAGUUACCCCCAUGUUUGACAAAUUUUAUUUUAAAGUUACCCCCAUGUUUGACAAAUUUUAUUUUUAUUGAAACUGGUUUCCUUAGAAUUGGUGCAUGCUCUCCAUAUAGUAUAACCCGUAAGAGUAGAACUUCUAUCUCUGUAUUUAUGGAAAGAUCUGAUGCAGGUUUAAUCAAAUGGCCAAAAUGGAAAUGGGUUCGAUUUGAUCCAAAUUUUGCAGCCAGACUGGUUCAAAACCCAAACGUUCUGCGUUCUGUUUAACAAUUUGAUCGACCUGACCAGUCUAACCGUAUUAAUCACGCCCCUAAAAUAUUACAGUCCUAUUCUAUUGUUAUACUCAAUGGCACCAUAAAUGUAACCAUAAUAGUAAAAAGUUAAUACAAAAUAACAGUAACACCGAAUAACAUUUUGAUUUUUAAUCGACGUUUCGACUAGUUUAUAGUCAUCCUCAGAAUUAAUCCUGAGUAAAAAGUCAGGUUUGGUAAUUCAAAUUGUCAGAGUGUAAAAACAAAAACGCAAGAAUAUCCUUCAUAAACCAUGAUAUUUACUUAUAAAGUUCCUAUUUUUACGUUUUACCAGGUCAGCCAGGCCGGAGCUUCUGGUAAAAGUGGACCAGCUGGGCCUCAAGGUCCCAAGGGAAUACAAGGUGAAUCUGGAAAAGUUGGAGUGACUUAUACCCGAUGGGGAAAAAAAACCUGUCCAAAUACUGGAGCUACAUUGGUCUAUGAAGGUAACAAUAAAACUGUUUGUAUCCUGUCACAGAAAGAUUUCUACCUAAAUGAAUGGAGAGGGGCACUAUAUACUGUAUAUAUAUAUAACAAAUAUAAAUUCCAACUUUAGCAGAUCAAAAUAUUUAUUUUACCUCCGCCAGGAUGUUAUAUUUUCGCGUUUGAACGUGUGUGUGCAUGUGCGUUACUCUGUCAGCACGAUAAACUAAAAAAUAUCAAACGUAUUAAUAAGACAAUUGGUGUGAUUAUAUGUACAUUGUUCAUGGACAAAUUGAUUAAAUUUUUGUUAAAUGUUGAUGAAAAUUGGAUGAGAAAUUAUGUUGUUUUGCCUGAUAUUAAGGUAAAGUGAACGCGUAAUUAGCCCAUUGUAUCAUUUAUGCCUGGCACAUUUAUGCCUGGCAGUUCAUUCGCUUUUGGAGGUAUGCAGUCUUCGAGUGCCCACUAGUUAAAUAUUUUUUUCAAUAUAUGCUAUAGGUAUUAUGCGGAGGUAAUUAUGCCACCUUUAUAUUUUGACAAAGCAGUAUUCAAUCUUUUGUUGCAUGGUUUUUAGGUUAUGUCGGAGGAUCUUAUUAUAAUCACAGGGGUGGUGGUUCUAUUUACGUAUGUUUGACACGUGAUCCCAUCUAUGCAAAAUAUCAAUCUGGUUAUCAAGACGAUCGCUCACGAAUCUUUGGCGCUGAAUAUCAAACAUACUCUACUGGCAUAUAUCCCAGCAGUCUGCACGACCACCAUGUUCCAUGUGCAGUUUGUCAUGUGACGAAACGUGCUUCACAAAUGAUGGUGCCAGGUCGUAACGUGUGCCCCGCGGGAUGGACACGCGAGUACAAAGGAUACCUUAUGGCGGAGAAACACGAUCACCAUCGUACGAUGUAUACUUGCGUGGAUGAAAAUCCUGAUUACACGCGAGGAACCCACGUUAAUCGUGACGGUGCUUUGUUCUAUUUUGUUGAAGGAGAUUGUGGUUCACUUCCCUGAAAGCCUUAUAUUGCUCUCGUUAAAUAUGAACUCAUCUUUGUCUUCAGCAAUUACUGAACACCAAUACUACCAAUUAUUGUCACAUUUAUACUGAUUUGCUCCUUUAUAUAAACUUUUAGAGACAAGAUGUUUAAUCUUUUGAAACUCCGACAAUUUCAUGCCGACUUUAAGCCUGGUUUCCAUAUGGUCGUAAAGAUUGAGUCACGAUCUUUCUCAUCAGCCGAGAUACGACAUUUUAGAACUGCAAAUACGCGGAGUGAUUAUAACUAGAGAAUACUUAUGAUUUAUAUGCGGUUUACAGGUGCAAACUAUUAUAAACUGGCCGUUGAGAAAGAUCGUGGCUCUAUUUUUACCACCAAUACGACCAUAUGGAAACCAAGCUUCAUGCAAAUUAUCAUACAGUCAUAAUAAAAUUGGUAAUAACAAUAAUGUAAUGAUAUGUAACAAACUUUAUAACCAGUGUUGAUUGUAGUUGCAAUUGAUAAUAUGUGGACAAUAUAAUAACCUGGACCACUGCAUUCGGUAAAUUUCUAUUGUAACUCACAAUUGUAAUUGCACUCAGUAUUACAGAACAAC